AUGUCAAUGAAGCCACGAAUCAAGGCCUUUUUCGGCCCCUCGAGAGAAUACGCGGUGGUUGGCGCGUCAAACAACCCCUCCAAAUUCGGGUACAAGAUCUUAUCCUGGUACGUAUCCCAUGGCUUGCCCGUAGUGCCGGUGAACCCAAGAGAGCCCGAGAUCUUGGGCCAGACCGUGGUCCCGUCCGUGCCGGAAAUCUUGCGGGCGCUAUCGGAAAAAAGAAACGUGGCCCACCAUCAGCUUGCGGCCGCGGACGGACUCAGCAUCUCGUUCUUGACGCCCCCGCAAAUCACCGUCCGCACUUUGGACGACAUCUCUGCGGUGCCGCACUACAAGUCGCUUGUGAAGGGGCUUUGGUUCCAGCCGGGGAGCUACGACCAGCAGGUGCUCGACAAGACAGAGGAGCUCGGGCUUUGCGCCGUGCAUCAGGACGAGUGCAUUUUGGUCCGCGGCGACGAGGGGCUCUACGCCGCCAAUUUAUAG